CUAAAAUACGUACUGGGAAUUUAUUAAAGUACUUAAAUACUUAAGGUGGUGGUCGCUAUACAUCGGUCUCCGAAUUUUUUAUCUCCUGAAAAAACAGUUUUAAUGAACUGGCCGUGCUAAAUUUAAUCCCAGUAAACAAAACUAACACGAAAUAGAGUCUUAAGAUGGCAGCGAGCAAUAAAUCUGACCCUCAAUCCCAAGAGGAAGAGAUAUUAGCACGACCCAUCAAACAUGUUUCACAGCCUGGAUCAGAAACGCUGAACCUCUGGAAACGAUCCAUCCAUUCUUAUAAUUUUUGGAUCAAGUGUCCCAAAGACGCGCAAAAAAUUUUUGCUGAUUUUUCAGAUACUGCAUAUGAUAUUUUUAUUGUGGUAGAUGAUCUCGAGGACGAAACUAAGCUUCGUAGAGGAAUUUCUUCAGCUCACGAGGUUUAUGGAGUUCCGCUGACAGUGCAAGCUGUAGUAUAUAUGGCUUGUAAAUUGUCUCAUAUUCUAACACCUCAUUUAGAAAAGAUGAAACAUGUCGCCGUUGAUCAUUUUAUUCAGAUGGGUAUUCAGUCCUUCACUGGACAAGGACUAGAAAUAUACUUCAGAGACAUCCAAAAAUGUCCUACCUUUGACGAUUACAGAACUAUCGUUAGAGGGAAAUCUUCCCAUCCUGUGAUGUGGGGAAUCCAGUUGUUAAAACUACUCGCCAAAAAAGAGACAACUGAAUUUAAUUUUGACGUAGUUGAUAAAUUAUGUUAUUUUCUUCAGAUAUACAACGACUAUAUAAACUUGCACAACACUAAGUACGCAACUGUUCGCGUUUUUUGCGAUGAUCUAGAUGAGGGAAAAUUUAGCUACCCCAUAAUUCAUGCCAUUCGGAGUCAUCCCAACGAUCGUCGCCUUUUGGAUCUGUUGAAAAAAAGACCACUGGACAUGGAAACUAAGAAACUUUUUGUAAACAUAAUGGACAGCUUCGGAAGUUUCGAGUAUACUCGAAACGCUCUCGAAGAUCUAAAAAAUGAAAUUCGCGCUGAUUUGGAAAAAACGAAAGUGGAAAAAAAUCCACUCAUCGAACGAAUUUUCCAUGAUGUGUUUAGCAGUUUGGACAACGAAAUUUAUUUUGACGGUCUAUUCCGAGUUCGAUGGUUAAACACUUUUGGAGACGUCAUAUGAAAAAUAUAAAAGUCAUCCCACUUAUGAAAAUUCAUGAAAAUUCGAAAAUCCCAAGGUUACCCUUGUCAGUCUUCCAAUUUAUGUUUUUAACUUUGCAUUUCAUUAAAUAAUUUGAAGGUUUGUUUAAAAAAAAUUUAAAAAUGUGUGUAAAUUAACCUCAUUUGAUAGAUAGGCGACUGAUAAUUAAAAAAAAACACAAUUUUUGGAGGGGUAUUAACUUCUUUGUUGCAGUUAACAUUAGCCAAUUUGAUUUAUAAGGCUGGUUUGUCUUCAGUCAGAAAAGUUUUACUAGGUAAAUAUCGACUGAGCAUACACUAUUUCAUAACGGAUAUUGGAAAGUAACGAUAGGGAGAAUAAUUUGACAACAUACUUCUAAUUGAACGCUUAUAUAUAAAUCUAUAAACGCAUUGUUUAUUUCAAAAUAUUUGUAAACUAAUUUUAUGAACUAUUACGAAUGUACAUAUUAUACUAAUUUUUACAAUAUCAUAACAAAUGUGUUUAUUAAUUAUUAUUAAUAUAUGCAUUUAUAUCUUGUUACCAAAAGGUAUACCAGUCAUGACACACUUUUAGCAUAGCAAACAUAACAAAAAACUACAAAGUUGUCAGCAGUUCAUUUUAAAAUCUAGUAAAAACCUAAUUAUAAAUCAUAAAACAAAUGUUAUAUACUAUCUAUGUACAAAACGACAUGAAAAAAAAAUCAGGUUCUAGAAGGCCGUGAUUAAUAUCAACUCUAUAUCUGUGACAUUAGAUAUGCCUAUAUCACAACCUCCCUUGAUCAGAUUUUUUUUAUCAUAUAGAACACAUUUAAAUAAAUAUUUUCACCCACAA